AUGAUGCUCGAUUCGGCUCAUUUUGUUUUCUACUUUUAUAUGUAAGUUUUGAGGUGAAACCGAAAACAAAAAAAAAUUAUUUCAAAUGACAAACACUUCAUAGUAGUAGAUCCCGAACUUUCGAACUAUAAAGUAGUCUGCAUCUGCUGGUUCUUGUCCCAUUUCGAUGUCUUUGACAUGGCCCGAUCUCUCCAGUAUCAAACUUGAAUGUUUCGACGACAAUGAUCUUUCAAACGGAGACCGACUAUAUAUUAACAUAAGAGAGUGCCUCCCUUUGUUCCUAAUCGUACCAUGCCUUGCCACUCUCCCCUCAUCGCUAUCAUGAUGUGAGUUCCCCUCCCUCUUCCCGAAUGAUAAGCGCUAUCAGCAGUUCAAAGUCUCCUACGUGACUGUACUGUCUGUUUGAUAGAUAUCCAAAACACUACAGAAGCAAUUGUGACUUGCAGAAAGUCACGUAGACCAAUGGCUAGAUGCGGACAAAAAAGGAGCGUAUAAAUAUCUGGGGUGAAAUGCAUUAUGGGAAAUUCGGAAAUCCGGCCUUCAUUUCUAUUUCAAUGUCAACUUCCCAAAUUUGCUUCCGUUUCACACUUGGCAGAAUCGUAGAUUCGCCCGCUUCUACCCGUUUCAUUUUUCAAGAGAAAAAGGCGAAGAAGACGACGACGACGAUGUGAUGCAAUCUGGCUAGUGGAGAAGCAUCAAAAAGUGCACGUGAAGAGCACGUGUUUGCGUCUCUCCGUUUCGCCCACUCUCUCGCCGCCUAGUCUCUGUCUUCUCCUCACUUCUCUUUCGGGGACUUCCCUUUUCCCGCCCGCCCGCCUCACACAAAUUAGUUAUUGCAAACUGCACGUACACUCUCUCUCUCUCCUGAUACUGUAAUCAGUAUAAAACGGAAAUAGAAGAUGAUAGUUUCAUAACUACAGUAAUCACUUCUCUCACUGUUCUUUGGAGUCUGAUAGUUCUCCGACUUCUCGGAAAGAAAGCGCCUUUUUUUCUAUGUGCUUCUCCGUAAUCCCCAGUCAGAAAUUCUUCCACAAAUGCACGUUUACUCAUGCGUUUCUCCCAACUUCCUGCUGACAAAGCAAUGUGUGUGUGUGCGUGGUACCAGUUGGUCUUCUGUCAUUCCUUUCGACUCUCCCUUUCACUUUACACCCGCAUGUUCCGCUUCUUUUUCUUCUUGCCUCUGCAAACUGUAUCUGAAUGAGACGUGGUAUCGUUCUCUCGCUCUCAUAAUCGACGUCACUGGCCAGAAAUCAGCAUUGUCCUCCCCCUCCUCCCUCUUCCUCUCUUUCCUCCGCAUCACGACGCGCCGCAACCGCGUCUCUUCCCUCCGCCUCAUUAUUCGUUCGCGCAUGUGUCGACAGAGUGCAUGCCACUUUUCGGUCCCUCUUUUUCGCUGGGAAGUCCUUCGUUUUCCUUUGCCUGCUGUCAACGCUCCGUGAAACUUUCAUUGCGUUUCCGGAAAUAUAUAUUGGCUAUAAAGGUACAUGACCACACAUCGGCAUUCUAAUUCCGUCGAUCGAAAGAUGAAUUCUAAAGUAACUCUUUGUUACUGUGAACUAUUUUUUGCUCACAAAAUUCAUGCGUAAUCAAUAGAAAAUUGUUCUGUUUUUUCUCAUUCAAUUCAUUGUGAUGGCCCACAGGAAACUAGGUAAUCAGACUCCUUCGAGGGGAAUCCUCUCCGACAUUCUCUUGAGAGUUCCGCGAUUUUUGAAGAUCGCGUGAUCACAGAACGUCUCUCCACGGCCCGCCUAUAAAUCACCCGAUUCUUCCGAACCGUACUUUGUUCGCUCCUCUCCGUCGCGUCAGACUCCUCUUUUUUGCGCCCAUCGGGGCCUUCGCUAUCAUCCUGAUCUUUGACACUUUGCCCUCUGUUUCCAGUCUAUCUCACGUCACUGAACCUUUUUUAGGCUACUAUAAAUAUGGGGAUUGGUGACCGGCAUUCCCUCAUUCUCUCCACCUCAUCCGCAUCACAAAUCAGUUCCACAUUUCAGAAUGAUCCGCGUCGCACUGCCAACAUCUGCGGCCGCCGUGCCCCGCUCAAUCAUGACAUCAGCGACGGAGAGCAUCGUCAAGAACCACGAAGAGGAGACGAAGCGAGUGUGGCGGAAGGCCAACGCCGUCUGCUUCGACGUCGACUCGACAGUUUGCCAGGACGAAGGAAUCGACGAGUUGGCUGCGUACCUGGGCGUAGGUGAGGCCGUCGCCAAUGUGACGCGGACGGCGAUGAACGGCAACGCUCGCUUCAGGUAUAGGUAAUACCUGGAAGCACGGUUUGAAUCUGGAAGUGUGCGUGCUUUCUCACUUGUUUCCCUCUAACUGAAUGCUGCCUUCCGUAAUUCCUUCCGUGUUUUACUCUUUGGAGUGUUGUUUGUGAACAAAAGUAUGGAGAAUAGUGGGAAACAGACACUUGUUUUUGAUCUCAAGUGAUUCGAUUUUCGUUUUUCUUCCUUCUUUUCUCAUUCGCAUUGCUCCUCUCUUAUUCGUCAUCUUCUAAUCCGUACUAUUCUUUCAGAGAUGCUCUUGCCGCCCGUCUGCAGGUAAUGAAACCAAACACGGAGCAACUGGAGCAGUUCGUCAACAUCACUCGUCCGAAGCUCACUCCAGGAAUCAAAGAGCUCGUCAGCCGGCUGCACGCUCGCGGCACACACGUCUAUCUCGUCUCUGGAGGCUUCCGGAGACUCAUUCAGCCGGUUGCCGAACUGCUCGGAAUCGAUAAAAAUCGCAUUUAUGCUAAUGAGAUUCUGUUCGAUAAACUAGGAAACUACAAUGGAUUCGACACGCGCGAACUGACCAGUGAUUCCGGAAGUAAAGAAGUGAGAAACCCAAAAGAUGAACGACGGGUGAACGAAUGAGUUUCAGACGGGUAAACCGGCGGUCAUUUCGCUGCUCAAGAAAAAAUACCACUACAAAACGGUAGUGAUGGUUGGAGACGGAGCCACAGACGCAGAGGCUGCUCCGCCCGCCGACGCGUUCAUCGGAUUCGGAGGAAAUGUCGUGAGAGAAGGAGUGAAAGCCCGUGCCAAGUGGUACGUGACGGACUUUGAUGUUCUGCGAAAAGAUUUGGAGCACGACGACUCCGACGACGAAUGA